GAAGAAGAAAAAGAAGAAGCACCUGAAAAAAAUGUGGGCGGGGCUAUUCAUUACCGGAGUUUUUGAAUAACUGGAAAAGAUUACAAACGUGUACGUCUUUACCUGAGUAACAUCGACAGAGUAACUCGCACUUUUUAAUUUAUUUAUUUAAUUAUUUGAGUCGAAGGAGGAAAUGCGAGAUUGGAUUUAACAUGGGAGCGCCAGCAGCAGCUGGGAUAAGUGAUGGAUGGAGCGAGUUUUACUGCGGUCCGGGAUUUUCCAAACAGGGGGCUGGAAAGGAAUUGCACUGGAGCACAGCAGGGGAAAACUCCAACAGCUAAAGUUGCUGUAAAAUGUUUUGAAUAGUUCAUAACAUUUUCAGUGGUCAUUGAAAACAAAGGCAAGCUCAAUUUCCCUUGAUGGAGGAAUUUGGAUAUACCACUUAACAAAAAAAAUCAAGAAGUGAAACUUCGAGUGGAAGUGAAAGCACAGGAGAAAAAGAAGACGCAGAAGUUAGAUCGUAACCUAAUGAUCCAGAAGAAACCCAUGUCUCAGCCUCUAAACCAGUGUUUUAGAAGUUCAUCCCUAAAUUCUCAGUAAGCUUGUUUUUCAACUCUUGUAUAUCAUUGGAUGUUCAUACCUGGGUGCAUAACAGCCACUAGAACAAGAUGUACAGUCCAACACGGAAUAGAACAGCAAGAGCUGAACUAACUUCAGUUCAGGCAGCACAAGAUGCCCUUCGACCAACACAAGAUGCCGUUCAGCCCCUUCGACCAACACAAGAUGCUGUUCAGCCCCCUCGGCCAACACAAGAUGCCGUACAGUUCUUUCGACCAACACAAGAUGCCGUACGGCCUCCGCGGCCAACACAAGAUGCCGUACAGUUCUUUCGACCAACACAAGAUGCCGUACAGUUCUUUCGACCAACACAAGAUGCCGUACAGUUCUUUCGACCAACACAAGAUGCCGUACGGCCCCCGCGGCCAACACAAGAUGCCGUACGGCCCCCGCGGCCAACACAAGAUGCCGUACGGCCCCCGCGGCCAACACAAGAUGCCGUACGGCCCCCUCGGCCAACACAAGAUGCCGUUCGGUUCCUUCGACCAACACAAGAUGCCGUUCGGUUCCUUCGACCAACACAAGAUCCCGUUCAGGCCCUUCGACCAACACAAGAUGCCGUUAGGGCUUUUCAGCCAAGACAAGAUGCCGUUCGGUUCCUUCGACCAACACAAGAUGGCCUUCAGGCCCUUCAAACAACACAAGAUGCCCUUCAGGUAAAACAAGACGCCCUCCGGGCAACACAAGACGCCCUCCGGGCAACACAAGACGCCCUCCGGGCAACACAAGAUACCUUUCGGGCAAAACGAGAUGACCUUCGGGUCCUUCAGGCAACACAAGAUAACCUUCGGCUCCUUCAGGUAACACAAGAUGACCUUCGGGCAAAACAAGACGCCCUUCGGGUCCUUCAGGUAAAACAAGAUGCCCUUCAGGCAAAACAAGAUGCCCUUUAUGCAAAACAAAAUGCCAUUCAUGCAAAGCAAGAUGCACUUCGGGCCCUUGAGGCAAAACAACAUGCCAUUCAGGUCCUUCAGGCAAAACAAGAAGCCCUUCGGGCAACACAAGAUGCCCUUCAGGCGAAACAAGAUUCUCUUCGGGCAACACAAGAUGCCCUUCAGGCAAAAGAAGGUGCCCUUCGGGCAACACAACAUGCCCUUCAGGCAGCACAAGAUGCCCUUCGGGCAACAGAACAUGCCCUUCAGGCAACACAAGAUGCCCUUGGGUCAAGACUAGAUAUCCGUCAGCCUCUUCAGGCAACACGAGAUGGUCUUAAUGACACUUGUUCACCUUUUGUUGACGAAUCAGCAGCAGGUAGCAGUUCUGACUAUGAAGAAAUCAUGAAACGCAUUAAUAUGGAGUCUGAAACUGUGUUGGAUGAUGAUUAAAUAAACUUUAAUGAAAAUCUGCUCCACUCUCAGCUUAUCCCCUCUUUCACUUCUCCAGUAAUUUUAGUGGGCCCUGGUGGACACCCUGCCUCUUGCCUUGUUCUCACAGGAUGGUCUCACUGAGCAAAAUACCCUGUGCAAACAACUUCACACAAGUAAACAGCUCACCUGAUAUGCUGUUAAAGGUCUUUACGCCUGUUAUUAAUGAUGAUUUUUAAUGAUGAAACCUGCCUGUUCCAGUGCUCAUGUCCAGGUCUGUACCAGUGCAGUGUGACCGGCCUGGUGUUUUUAAUGCAGGGAGAAGGAGACGUGGUUUACAGGACUGUCCCUUGGAACAGGAGGCUGCUGACCCAACACCACAAGAAGCCUGCAGGACCCCUGUUUGACAUUAAAUGCCAGCAGCAGUCUGUGUGUCAGCUUCAUCUCCCACACUGAGGUCAUCUCCACAGGUGGAGGUCAGUUCUUGCAGGUCGCUCAUGUGAAUGACGAGGGCAUCGAGUUUAUUAACUCUCACCUCAGGAUGAAGACUCUCCUCCUGACCCAGUCCAAGCUUUGGUUCUGCUCUUCUACAAACCCCUUGUUGAUCCUGAUCUCAGAUCUUUCCUCAGUGUGUUGUUGCUUCCAAGGAACAUCGUGAUCCGUGAUUUACAGAAAACCAGGAGGAAACUAAAUGGAGAUGAGAGGUACAUAGACACUUCUCCUCACUGCAAACUGCAUCCAAAGCAGGUUUACACUCUGUCCACUGUUCCUGAGGAUGAUCUGAUUGAAGUUCAACCAAAAGAGAGAGAUUUUUAUGAUAAGUACCACGACAGUUACUUUACGACAUUCCAGGUGAUUUUAAGAAGAAUCCUCACAGAUGUUAACCUCAGUCUGAAAGAAAAGAGCAGCUCCACAUGUGUUUGGGAAAGAGAUGUCUUUUCUCCCCUACAGUGGGAACUUUGAAUCGUCCUCCUUCUGAGAGGCUGGCAAACACACGAAGCUGCUUCGUUGAAGGGAUAUCAGGACCUGUUCUCAGCAGCCUGAUCGACAAACUGCUGGAGAAAACAGUGAUAACUGAUGCAGAAAGGGAGGAAGCAGACAGGAUGAAAAACAAAAGGGAAAAAGCACGUUUUGUUAUUGACACUGUGAGGAGUAAAGGUGAAGCUGCCAGUUCAGAGUUAACUUUCUCCAUGAGAAUGAUCACAUCCUCUGUCAGCACCUCAGGUUAAACUGAAUGGAUAUUUUAUGGAUCAUAAUGUGUUUCUUUAAUGACGCCAAAGUCAUUUUUAUCUUUCUUUGACAACUGAAGUGAGUGAAGAAAGACAUUUUUUAAAUGUUAUUCUGAAACCAUAUAAUUUAAACUUUUCAUCAAAUUUUGCAGCUGCAUUUAUUUUUAUUCUGCACUUUGUCACAGACGUUAGAGUUCUUCUGUUAAGUUAUUGUGACUGUGUGAACCAAAUCUGACAGGUGAAUAUAAUUAUUUGAAAAAAGUUGAAUUACAUUCAAUUUUGAUUUGUUUCAAACAAGUUCUAUAAAAUUAAAAAUGUUUAUAAAUUGUUCUUUACUGCAGAUCUCACAUGUUAUUUAUGGAAGGAAGCACGAAGUUCUCUGUAUGUUUCUGAUUUAAAAAUCCACAAACGCACUUUUUAUAAAGACAGCUGAGUGGUGACAGUGAUUUCAACAUCCUAGUCUGAGUUUAAAUAAAGGGAAACAAACA